AUGGCGGACGACGCCGUGCCGGACGGGAAGACCGUGCAGGUGCUGCGGGACGUGGCCAACCGCCUACGGAUCCAUUCCAUCAGGGCCACGUGUGCCUCCGGCUCCGGCCACCCCACGUCGUGCUGCAGCGCCGCGGAGAUCGUGUCCGUGCUGUUCUUCCACACAAUGAGGUACAGACAGACAGACCCGGAACACCCGGACAACGACCGGUUCGUCCUCUCCAAGGGCCAUGCCGCGCCCGUCCUGUAUGCCGCGUGGGCAGAGGCGGGCGGCAUCAGCGAAUCCGACCUGCUGAGCUUGAGGAAGAUCGACUGCGACCUGGAGGGACACCCCACCCCUCGACUGUCGUUUGUGGACGUGGCAACCGGAUCGCUGGGGCAAGGGCUGGGCGCCGCGUGCGGGAUGGCUUACACCGGCAAGUACUUCGACAAGGCCAGCUACCGGGUCUUCUGCCUCAUGGGAGAUGGCGAGUCCUCGGAAGGCUCGGUCUGGGAGGCCUUGUCCUUCGCCUCGCACUACGGUCUGGACAAUCUGGUAGCAAUCUUUGACGUGAACCGCUUGGGACAAAGUGGUGUCACACCCCUUGAGCACUGCACAGAUGUCUAUGAGAAGCGCUGUGAAGCGUUUGGGUGGAACACUUACUUAGUGGAUGGCCACGAUGUGGAGGCGUUGUGCCAGGCAUUUUGGCAAGCAGCUCAAGUGAAGAACAAGCCCACUGCUGUAAUUGCCAAGACGUUCAAGGGCCGGGGUAUUCCGAAUGUUGAGAACGCCGAAAAUUGGCAUGGAAAGCCAAUGCCAAAAGACAGAGCAGAUGCAAUUAUCAAAUUAAUUGAGAGCCAGAUAGAGACCAACAAGAGUCUCGUACCGAAACCCCCUGCUGAAGAAUCACCUCAGAUCAGCAUCACGGGUGUCACGAUGACCUCUCCACCUGCUUACAGGGUUGGCGACAAGAUAGCUACUCGGAAAGCAUAUGGUUUGGCUCUGGCUAAACUUGGCCACGCAAAUGGAAGAGUGAUUGUCCUGGAUAGUGACACCAAGAACUCCACCUUUUCUGAGUUAUUCAAGAAGGAGCACCCUGAGAGGUUCAUCGAAUGUUUUAUUGCUGAGCAAAACAUGGUAAGUGUGGCACUGGGAUGUGCUGCCCGGGGUCGAACCAUUGCUUUUGCUAGUACCUUCGCUGCCUAUUUGACCCGAGCUUUCGAUCAGAUCCGGAUGGGAGCCAUCUCUCAGACCAACAUCAACCUUGCUGGUUCCCACUGCGGGGUGUGCAUUGGUGAAGAUGGACCCUCCCAGAUGGCCCUGGAAGACCUCGCUAUGUUCCGGAGCGUGCCCAACUGCACCAUUUUCUAUCCAAGUGACGCCGUCUCAACAGAGCAUGCUGUUUGUCUGGCUGCCAGUACCAAGGGAAUGUGCUACAUUCGGGUAAGCCAACCAGAAACUACAGUUAUUUAUGCCCCGCAAGAAAACUUUGAGAUCGGACAGGCCAAGGUUGUCCGCCAGAGUGUCAACGACAAGGUCACAGUUAUUGGAGCUGGAGUUACUCUACACGAAGCGUUAGCGGCUGCUGCUGAUCUUUCUAAACAGGGUAUUUCUAUCCGUGUCAUCGACCCAUUUACCAUUAAACCCCUGGAUGCCAGCACUAUCAUCUCCAACGCAAAAGCCACAGGCAACCAGGUCAUCACAGUGGAGGAUCACUGCCGAGAAGGUGGGCUCGGGGAAGCUGUAUGUGCAGCGGUCUCUGGGGAGCCUGACAUCCUUGUUCAUCAGCUGGCAGUGUCAGGAGUACCGCAAAGUGGGAAAACUAGUGAAUUGUUGGAUAGGUUUGGAGUCGGUGCCAAACGCAUAGUAGCAGCUGUGAAAUAUACUCUAAUGAACUGAAAUAGCUGAUUCUUAAAAAGUCAAUCUGUUGCCUUUGGUCUUAAAACAGUUGUUAAAAAACUAUCAUAUAU